AUGGGACCAAAUCAAGUCGAUAUUGCUGGCAAGUCUUAUGAAGACUACUCUAUUGAUAGGUCAGUACACCAGCGGCCUGUCGUCGGAUUGAAUGAACCUCAAUUUUUGAUUUCAAAAAAUGAGCGGGAAAGGCUGACUGAGAAUGAGGUUCGUCUAAGGCUGCUUUCCCAUCAUAAAUCCACUUCGGUAUCUAUCAAGCCAAUACGUAAUAGUCGAGCCGAUAGAUUCAAAUCGAAAUUACCUUUCAUUUCAAAAUUAUUAAGUCGAUCAAAUGAAUACAAACAAAGUAAUGUUUCUAUGAAUGAUCAUACAAAGGUUGAAUGGAAGAAUGGUUGCAAGCAAACAACUACGAAGUCUCCAGAUAAUGAAAGGCAUCAAAUAAACAUUGAAUCAAUGACUAGAGAAUCAGCGAUUGUUGGCAAAGUCAAAGGUUAUUCGAAGUCAUUUCCUGAUGAAAAGACACCCUUUAAUAAAAUGGAGGAGUUGACUGACACUGGAAGACACUUCAAAUCAGGAGGUAUUGGUCAUGAAUUUUCAACAAGACAAGAACGUCGUACACCACAACGUUUGCCUGGAAUUUUGAAUUUCAAUGUUGUCUCUCAAAAUUCGAUAGUUGAUGAAAAUGAAUGUCCGCAAAAAAUGCAACUGAAAAACGUAAGAUGGUGGAAAAGCAGUACAGGUAAACUAAAAUCCAGAAUACUGGCUGUCGAAAAGGAUACUCAACGUACAAAAGCAAGUUAUUAUGAAAUACCCAUAAACAUAUUUGGAAAAAAAGGAAAUUUCGAGAAUAUUAAAUCAAGCGAUACGAUUAAAGGAGACGAAAUAGACAGUGGGUCAGAAAACAAAAUGGAUAUAUCUCAAGAUUUCAGUAGACGACUUGAGCUGGCCAUUAUAAAACCUCGAAAAAUAUACGAAGAAAAAGACAAACAUAUGAUUUAUUAUGUGAGAAAUGACUCUAAACCAGUUGAAACUACUAAGAGUACCAAGUCAAACGGAUUUCGAUACAACCUAUUUCGAAAAGAAGACUAA